UGGCGUAUGGGUACACCCGUCUACCUAAAGCCAUAUACCGAACUGAACUGUAUGGAUCUCCCAUAAAAUUCAAUCCACUCGUUUGUUGUUACCGUUGUCAUGUUGCCAUGCUCGAAAAUGAUCGAUAUUUCCUCAAAAUAAGAACAAGAAACACUCUUGUGACAGUAGUUACAGAUGCAAGGAAACCUUCGACGUUGAUAUGGACAAGCUUUCAAAACCGCAAAUAAUAUGUCACAUCGAGAAAUCAGUGGACUACUCACUGUUUGACGUCAAAUGGAUACCAUGCAGCGCGAAGUUUGUAGUGAUGGGCGCACGACCCAGAGGUACCGGUAUCAUACAAAUCUACGAAGUAUCCAGUGGCGAAUUAAAGUUGAUCAAGGACAUUGAGAGAUCUAAUCAGAUGAAGUGCGGCACGUUCAAAGCUUCCAGUCUUCGAGAUAGACAUUUAGCUACCGGUGAUUUCAAGGGGAAAUUAAACAUCUACAAUUUGGAAGAUCCUUCAAUCCCAGUUUACAGCGUUGAUGCUCAUAAGCAGAUCAUAAAUGCCAUUGAUGGCGUAGCUGGUGUUAAUGUAGGAUGUGGCGCACCUGAAAUAGUAACAGGAUCCAGGGAUGGUAGUGUAAAAGUAUGGGAUCCCAGACAAAAAGACCGACCAGUUGCUAUCAUGAAAGCCAAAGAAGGUGAAAACCAGCGAGACUGCUGGUCAGUUGCAUUCGGCAAUUCUUAUAAUUCCGAAGAGAGAGUUGUAGCUGCAGGAUACGACAAUGGUGAUGUCAAAAUGUUUGACUUGAAAACAAUGUCAGUGAGAUGGGAGAGCAAUCUGAAAAAUGGAGUUUGCAGUCUAGAAUUUGACAGAAGCGACAUUCUUAUGAACAAAUUAGUUGCCACUACACUUGAAUCCAAAUUUUAUUUAUUUGAUUUAAGAACUCAGCAUCCAAAGAAAGGCUUUGCCUAUCUUGUUGAAAAGGCUCACAAAUCGACAAUAUGGCUAGUCAGGCAUUUACCACAAAAUCGAGAAUUAUUCGCGACCUGUGGCGGCAGUGGAACUUUUUGUCUUUGGAAAUAUAAUUAUCCAGAGAAGAGGAAAACUACUGACGCUGACGGAAUCGAGCAAGGAGUUGUUGGUAACGUCGAUCUAGUGCAGAAUUACACGCUUUCAUCGCAACCUAUUAAUUCAUUGGAUUGGUGUCCAGACAAACAAGGACUUGGUGUUUGCACUUCGUUUGAUCAAUGCUUACGUGUUAUCAUCACUACGAAAUUGAACACAUAUUGAUUAAAUAAAUCGGAGAGGAUAUAUAUAUAAAUAAAUAUUUUAUAUAUUUAUGACAAAAGAUUUGAAUUCGUUUUAAAUUGGUCCUUUUGAUAUUAUUUACGCCCAAAUUAAAUCUCAGUCGGAUUUGCUUGCGAUGAAACUCGUCACACAUCUGGUAGUCAGAUAUUCGUAAUAUUUUCUCGUUUGCAGAUAUAUAUAUAUGGAAAGAAAAAGCGUGGAUCUUGACAAGAAAAACUCAAAUUGACAACUAUGCGUUACUUCAAUUCGAUUGUAAAAUCCUCUUUGCAAUUCGUGUGCAGGUCGAAGAAUCUAAGGCCUAUUAACAGAAUUCGAAAGCCGCGCGUAAGGAAGUUCACAACAUCCUCCGCCAGAUAUCGCUUCGGCGCUCUGAAAGCUGAGCUCGAGAUAUCGAUUUCUCGUGCGCACGCGGGCGCGAAGUUUAUUACGCAAUAGCGAAUGGCGGCGGACAAAAGCGAAUUAUAUGUCAUUGGGCCAAUCUAUUUAGGAUCGGACCCUUAUUAAGCAUCAGCCAUCUUGUUCGGUCGCGCGCGAGCGUUACGCAAUCGUCGUACGUCCGCCAUUUCAGGCACGCACGGCCCACGUAGCGCAUACACUUCCGAUGCAACGCACGAGAACGCAGCAUACAACUCGAGCGCAAGCAUGCACACAAGGUCAUGAAUAUCUCGAUUUUAAUUACAUAAAUUAUCCGUCGCUGAGUCUGCCGUGUCUGCGUCGCGAUAUUAUGUUACUGCCGUUAUCGAGCACGUAUUCACCUCGCUUCUACACUUUCUACACUUUAAGCCCGUUUGCUUUAACUGCACUCUGCACUCGCGAGUCAAACGGUUGUUAUCGCGACAAGCUGUACGUUGCAAAUCUCUCGGAAACUUUUUGCUAUUUGCUAUGCACCUUGUGAUAAUUGUCUUUAAUAAAAUUACGUCUAUCUGGUCUUCGAGCGACAAUAGAAUACCCACUUGCAGGUUUAACAACUUCAAAGCGGGCGAGUGAAUAUUUCGUAACUUUCGCAACUUUGGCACGUUUGGUCAUCAACUUGAUCAUUGGUCUUCAUCAGCUUUAGCUGAUAUUUGGCUGCUUUGUAUAUGAAAUUUAAGCGGUAGUCGAUGUAAUAAAUGUGAAUACUGCGUCUCA